AGAAGAAUCAUAACCUUUUCUCACUCUACUUUCUCUCUACAGUUCCACAACUAACCACCAACCCGCUCUGCCUUCCGCUCGCCGCCUCUUUUUCGUCGACCGCCGACCGGAGACGCCGUCCUGCUUGGUUACGUCAGCUUCUCUCGAUUCCGUACGGACGACGGAGACACUCCUAUCUCCAUAUUUGUGGGUAUUAUGUGCUGUGAACACGGCGCAACUGUUAUUGGUUGACUGCUUGCUGUGAAUAGAUCUUACUUUGUAUGUGAGCAAGCAUGGGCUCUGCGUGUUGUGUAGCUGCAAGAGAUAGAACCAUAUCAAAUGGAGCAGCUAGUGAAAUUUUGCAACGGAAUGUCAGGUAUUCGCCAUCAUGGAGCUUCCGAUGGGAUAAUCGAGGACGAGUAGCUGGUGAAGAGACAUCCGUGAAUUGGUCUUCUGAUGGAGUUGGUGGCAAUGAUAGAUUGGAAUUUAAGUCUGGUACAACUGUUGAAACAGUAUGUCCAUCUGAAGAUGGAAGCCCAUUGGAUAGUUUCAGGUCAUUUCCAUGGCAAAAGUCACCCACUUCUGAAAGAAACAUGGGAAGUUCAACGCAUCCUUCAACAGAUCCAUUGGUGGACAGCCAGGACAGGAAUUCUACAGAGGUAAAAGAGUCAACAGGAUCUCCUGCAGUAUCAUUCCCAUCUCCUGUAAAGCUGUCCCCAUCGGCACCUUCAGUUUCAUCUUUUCCAACGUCACCUUUGUCAUCACAAAGUCAAGUGCCUCCUGCUAACUUGACUUCAUCAAGGUUGCCUCAUCACUCUCCUGGGCGUCGUCUAUCACGGCAUGUAUCUGAUACUGGUGUACCAGGAAUCAAGUCCCCAACUUUCUCAGUGUCUGAAGAAGCGUCGUCUUUCAUUCUCCCUGGUUGGAGCAAUGAAUCUACUCGAGGAUCUUAUGGUGGAUCAUCAGAUGGAUGGUCUGUUCCUUCCUUUCCUGAAUUCCUGACAACUUCUCGGAGGGGGAGAUGGUCAUUUGAUAGUGAAAGCUUUGGCUUCCAUCGUGAUAAAGUUGCCAGAUCUAGUGGAAGAAAUUCUGGUUCUCCCUCGCUUGAUCUCCGAACCUGUGGCAUAUGCGCAAAGCUGUUAACAGAUAAAUCUUUGUGGGGUAGUCAGAAAAUUAUAGCCUCUAAUGAACUGGCUGUUGUUGCUAUUCUAACUUGUGGGCAUGUUUUCCAUGCUGAGUGCUUGGAGAAUAUGACAUCUGAAAUCAACAAGUAUGACCCAGCUUGCCCCGUCUGUACUUACGGGGAGAAGCAAGCAUUGAAGAUGUCUGAAAAGGCACUGAAAGCUGAGAUGGAGUUAAAAGCUAGAAAGAGAUACAAGAAUCGGAUUGUUGACAGCAAUUUUAGUGGCAAUCUUUCUGUAUUAGACCGUCAGAAAAGUAGUGGACACGAGGGGAGGUAUCCCAAGAUGAGCUCAAGUUCCAGCAUGAGAAGUUCAUCAGGGAAGACCUUCAUGAGGCGCCACUUUUCAUUUGGGUCAAAGGGGAGCACCAGAACCUUGUCUGAGAGUCUUUCUACUCGAAAGAGGAUAUUUUUCUGGGCAAAAUCUAGCAGGGAGUAAGCUUCUCCCUAGAAAUAAUAGUUUGCAGAUAUAAUGGAUGACCACCUUCCUCUUCUAGCUUGCUUGAUCUUUAGAGCAUAUUGUCUUAUGGGUUCCUUGCCAAGGAACACGGUGUUCUACUGGCAGAUUUAGGUUAGCUUUCGAAGAUACACUGUAAACAAGGGGAAACAAUGCAAAUAGAAAAGACAAUCAAUUAUUAGGUUUACAAAAGGGAAUUGAGAGUAGUUAUUUAUCUGUGUACAUUCACAUUGGAUUGUUUUGCACUUUCAUUUCAAGCGCUUGCAAAUAUUCUCAGGAUUCUUUGUGCUUGUGCUCUUAUUUUACUUAGCUCUCUAAUUGUGGAAGGCA